AUGGCCUCAGGUGACACCGGCCCCGGCACAGGGAUCAAAGACCUCCUGCCCAUUCCCUCCGAUACCCAACCCAUCAGUGAUCCUGCCAAGACAGAGACAGCCAACACCUUGAUGGAGGAUCCGUCGCUCUCCCACGCACUCGCAACCGACGACCAUGACGAAAAGGGCCUUGCACAACAGGACCACGAUGAAGAGGUCAUGGAUCUUGGCUGGAACGAGAAGAAGCAGGACAUCCCUACGCCUCUGGUCGGAGGGAUGGACAACGAAGAGCUAUGGCUACUUGUCAGACGUUUCAACAAGCAAAUGUAUCAUGUCAAGGCAAUACCCAAUCCAGUCCCCGGCGGCCUAGACCUGAAUAUCGCAGACGAAGAGGAGUUCUCUCCCGAUAAGUUGAGGGCCAACAUCGAGCGUCUGUACAUGACGGUCAUUGUUGGGAUUCUCGGCGUCGUCAAGCAUAUUGGUCGAUUGAGAUCGUGGCGGGAGACUAGACGCACGGCAGGUUUCGCAUCUGCGUAUUUCAUCGCAUGGAUCUUUGACCUCAUUGUCCCACUCAUCGCAGCCACGCUCGUCGCACUAAUCGCCUAUCCUCCCUCACGAGGGUUUCUAUUUCCCCCGGCGCCGUUGGCACUUGUUGACUCGAAGACAGGAGGCGUCCAGAAACCAAAGUCUGGCGUCCUCGGGAGUCACGACAGCGCAACAGGGGCACCCGAAAACCACAAGGGCGAAGCGGUGGAACAGGAAGCCAGUAACUUCGUCAACGGCAUCGCCUCUGUUGCACUUAGCAGUGUGACUGGCAAGCAUCCUCAGGGGGAGCCAGAUGCUGAUGAGCAGGGGAACCCGGCUGACACCGCUCCCGACCCGACGGCCAUCGCAGUCGGCGCCGCCGAUGCGAAAGACGCAGCUGCCGGUGGCAAGCCAGGCGCUAAGCAUGACAAGACCAAAGUGCCCAUGGAGACCGCCAUGUGGACAAAGAUGAGACCGAUCAUGCAUGGCAUCGCUGACUUCACAGACACCUGGGAGCGUUUUGGAAAUGCUCUUUCACCCACUCCUCCAUUUCCACGAGACACCUAUCGCUUGAGAUUGGCCGGCCUUGUUCUUCCUCUUUUCGUCGUCUCCCUCUUCGUGACGUCCUACAUGUACAUGAAGGGCGUCACCUUUGGUAUCGGCUUUGGGUUCUUUGGUGACCCUGUUAUCUCGCGCGGUCUAGACCUACUAAACCGCAAAUUUCCCAACUGGCAAAAGCUGCUUGAAGUGCGAAACACCAUUCUCAAGGGCGUACCCACCAAUGCACAACUCACCAUUACACUACUCCGAAUCGGCGAGGCCAACAAGGCACCCAUACCACCACCACCCCAGAUCAAUGAGCCUCCGCCAGAAAAGCCGGCAGAGACUACUGAUGAGCAUCUUCGGGCCACUGGAGCGGAACCGCCUCUCAAUGCCACCGACGAGGAGCUUGACGAGGCCAUGCAGCACGACUCGAACACGGCACACGAGACCGGCGGUGAUGACAUCGAUGCUGCGAAGAAUAGCAAACAUGGCAAGAAAGGCAGUAAGAUCCUGGGCUUCUUCAAAGGCACCACAAAGGGCGCUGUGAAGACCGCUAUUGGCACGGACACUGUUCGCGCGAAAAUCGGCUCACAUAAUGCCAAAAACAGGCUCGGUGUGGUGCCACGUCCAGGUGCAGACCUAACGUCAGGUCCGGUAGAGUUCAAGGGACGGUAUGGGGGUCAGAAAGGUCAUGUGUACAUCACCACCAAAGCGACAAUACCAGCACUGGCUUUCAGCACGGACUCCACGAUUGAGAAAAUCGGUACACAGGAGCGGGAGGAUCUGCAUCCCAUCUGGAGUAUCGCCAUCGCCGAUAUUGCCGAGUUGAAGAAGUUUGGUGGUUAUGGCUGGAAAGCGAAGUUGUCAUCCCACAUCACCUUCAUCGUUACUGGAAAUGGCCAGAUUGAGCUCCAAUCCUCAAGCAUGUAA